AGUAUCAGUGCGCCACUGCCUUCAACCGAUACGAGACGUUUAUUUGUGAACGCAAAAUGAUUCAUAACCGGUGUUGACUUUUUGUUAUUAACAUAACUUAGGUGAUAUAUUAUAAGUGUUUAAUGGAAAAAUGUAUCUUGGAAAGCCGAAAACGUCAUCUAACAUAGCAUGGCACAGACCGAUGUCUGCAACUUCGCGGCAAGAGGAGGAAUUGAUGCAGAAGAGUGCACGCGCCUUACAGUCUGCAACAGACCCACUGGAGAAGCUCCGUCUGUUGUGCCUCUCGCGUGGUGCCUCUGGCAUCAUGGGUCUUGGCAGGAUCUUCCGAAGAAUGGACGAUGAUGGAAGCAAGCAACUGAAUAAGGAGGAAUUUAUAAAUGGCCUCAAAGAGACUGGUUUAGAACUCAGCAAUGACGAUGCUGAGGAGCUCUUCAAAAAGUUCGACACCGAUAACAGCGGGUCCAUCAGCCUCGAUGAAUUCAUUAGGCAAAUCCGCCCACCGAUGUCUGACUCUCGUCGAGCUAUAGUAGAGCAGGCAUUCAAGAAGCUGGAUAAGACUGGAGAUGGAACUAUCACUAUCGACGAUAUUCGCGGGGUUUACUCUGUAAAAUCACACCCCAGGUAUAUGAGUGGUGAAGAAAGUGCAGACACAAUUAUGAAUAAGUUCCUCGCGAACUUCGAGUCUGAAGGCGUCGUCGAUGGGAAGGUGACUUUGGAAGAGUUCAUGAAUUACUACAGUGGCAUAAGCGUGUCUAUAGACAACGAUUGCUUCUUCGACUUGAUGAUGCGUCAGGCGUUUAAGCUCUAAGUGUCUCUGUCACACGUGUAUGCACAUCACGGGGGAGAAAGGGACAAACAAACGCAUAUCACGUUUGUUCAAUGCUGCGCACCAAAUAUUAUACUUUUUCUAAUGUUGGUUAUAACGAUAUAGUUUAUUUAUUUAUUAUUUUUAUGGCAAUUGUGUGCGAUAUGAUAUGUUAAUUUCAAUAAAAUCUCUACUAAUUA